UGUAAAAGGAAGUAGAAUAUAUGCACAAAAUAAUGGCGUUUUCACAAUCAGCUCAUAAAAGUCAAAUACCUAUCAACUGUCAUUUGUGUGAUAUUGAGAAAAACAUCAAGUGGAAAUGUCUUGAGUGUGAACUUCUGUUGUGUGACAACUGUAAAAUAAAAAGACAUCCAAGAAUUAAAAACUCAAACGACCAUAGGGUGAUAGAUAUCAAAGAUGUAGGACUGCACGGUGAAGAGUUAGAUUUUACUUCUAUAAAAUGCAGGGACCACCCAGGACAGACUUGUUGCCUUUUUUGCAAGUCGUGUAACAGUCUUGUAUGUCCAACUUGUGUAUCGAAAGUACACAAGAAACAUGAUUUAAUUGAAAUCAGUGAAGCAUAUAACACGAAAAAAGACAAUCUCAAGAGAGGACAGAGAAAAAUUGAAAUGGGCAAAAGUGAGGUAUUCACCAAGAAAAGACUCUUGGAAAGACUUAAGAAUGGGGAAAAUGUUAAAUAUACCAGAGUCAUGGGGGAUAUUAAGAAUCAAGGAGAAGCUUUAAAACAGUUUGUUGACAAACAUGUUGAAAAGAUAAGAAAUGAAGUGGAUCAAGAUCGGAAAACUGUUUCGCAGUCCAUUGAUGCUGAACUUCAUACUAUAUCAAGAUCCAUACAAACGUCUGAUGAUAAAAACAAUGAAAUAGAAGAUUUAAUCAACAACACUGACAGUGCUAAGUUUUUCUAUGAGGUAGGCAAAAUAGAAAAUUCAAUGGAUGUGCCAUCCCCAAAAAUCAAGUCAACCUACAAAUCCAUACCAGACUUUGUACUAGGGAAGAUAAAUCAGUCUAAUAUUGGGUUGCUGCAAAGUAAGGUCACCCCACUAGAAUUAAUUGUUUCGAUUCAAAUCAAUAAACAAUAUCAGACUGAACAUAGUGAAGUGUCAAAUAUAAGUGCUUGUUCUGACAAUUCAAUCUUGAUAAAUUGUAGUUUAGAUGAAAAGUUUAUGAAAGUAAAACCUGAAGGAAAAUUCUGAAGACAAUAUAUUCUUUCAA